AUGCCACAUGGUUUUAAAGAAUGCGACAUUAUUAAAUACUUUACCUGUUACGCACCGAACUACUACAAAUACAAUUUGGACAAAUUUGGUCCGCCGGAUAAGUCGUGUCCUGAUAACUGCAUCGUUGACUACUACAACUUUCAGACGUCAUUUAACGUGGCGCCAUCUGUGGUCAUGUCGCAGAAAUUCAACAAGUCAUUGGAUGCACAGAGGAAGAAUAUGGCGAUCCUAGAGGUCUACUAUGCAGACAUUGCGAAUACAACCGUAUGGACUGAACCGUCGUACACUCCCCAAGACCUCAUCUGUGACAUCGGUGGUUUGAUGGGAGCCUUCGCCGGAGCCAGCCUACUCACCAUCCUAGAAGUCCUCAUCUUCAUACGCCCCAAACGCCAUCUGGUGGGCGACAGCGGAACCACGCAGACGAUUGACGUUGAACGUGGGAAACAGGACACGACCGAACAAGCGAUAUAGACGCACAGAGGACGAGCACCUAGAGCGAGAGAAAGUCGCGGAAUAAUGUUUCAUAUUGUUUAAAAGAACGAGUGAUCAGAGGUCUUGAGCUACGAUAGAAAUUUAUAGAUGGUCUCUGGCUCUCUCUC